UCACUCAAAAAACAGUUGACGUUUUGUGUUCGUUUCUCCAUCAGCGCUGCUUUGUUUUGUUUGUUUUCUCUUUUCGAGUGAUAUUUGUGCGCUGGACCUUCCACAUUCAUGCACUCGUAAUCAAAGUACCGGUACAAUAGAAUGCCUCGUUCAAGAUCUAGAAGCCCAAGAAGGGGUUAUGAUCGCUAUAGCAGAGAUCGGAGAAAACGUAGUCGAUCUCCAUAUCAAGGUGGAUCAAAUAGAAGACAUCGAUCCAGAUCACCAAGAAGAAGACAAAGAUCAAAAUCAAGAACUCCUCCACCAAGAAGGCCUCGCUCACCUUUUGGGAGACAAUAUCAUGGACGGAAGCCAGAAGAAGAAGCACACAGAGUACCAGCGAAUCCAGCAAAUAUAACACUGGGUGGAAGUUUAGGGGUGACUGGAGGAAAGAAAAAAGCAAAGAAGAAGAAAUUACAGAAUCAACAGUUGCUAAUGGCAAACAUGUCGGAAGAUAUGACAGAUGAAGAUAAGAUGAUGCAACAAAUUAUGGGAUUCCAAGGAUUUGACACAACGAAGAAUAAAAAAGUUGAAGGAAACAAUGUUUAUGCAAUUAAUAAGAAAGUUGAAAGAAAAUAUAGGCAAUAUAUGAACAGAAAAGGUGGAUUCAACAGACCCCUAGAAUUCAUGCCAUGAUAUUGCCAAGAUUCGAACUAUGUGAUCCUUCGAUACCACUUUAUCUGAAGGACAAACUAUGUCAUUCAAACAGAAGAAUGUGCUUGUGAAACUGGGUAAUGUUAUCUAAUUACCAACACAAUAAAGAAGUAGACUUGUGGUUAUGAUAUUUAUCAUUGUCUUCAUUCUCUGGAUUAGGAAAAAUUCUGACUGCGCAUCUCUAGGUUAUAUUUGUAAAACUAUUUCCCCAGUUGAACAGUUUAAAAAAUGUGGCUAGGGCAAUGUAAAGGAGUCAAUCGUUGACAUCAGAAUUCUGGCUGUGGUAGUAUUUUUCAAUGCUGGAAUGGCUGAAACCAUAUAAAUAUAAUCUUCCAUUGAGAGGUGGCCAUAACUGUAUAAUCUACCACUUGGAAUUCAUUUUUUACAAUCUUCAUGAAUCGAAUGUUGUUUUGGUUAUACUGUUAGACUUUUUUUUGCUCAAAAUAAUAAUUUAAAAUAUUGAAUCUGAAUAAUUUCCAAUCUACUCGUUUUGGCAUCCCCAUUCAUAUCUCUUCAACAUACAUGUGCUGAGAAUGAAGUUUCGUGUUUUUAUAUAUUUUAUUUACUGCUUGAAAAUAAUAAAUCCACGCUUUCCA